AUGCACGGUUUUGGAGUCCCUAACCUCCUCAAAUUCGAAACCUCGGGCGUAUUUAGUGAGUUGAUCAACGGAAGAGGCAUUGCCCUUGGCCGGGGACAUGGAAAAUAUGCAAGUCGUAUUCCUGAAGGCGAUACAUCCACCUUGCGAUCCGACGAGAAUGAGAAAUCUGAAUUGCAAUGUUGGUCGUCAUGGAAAUCCGGAACUUGA